AUGCCAGAUCUUAAAGGGGUCUUCAGUGUCAGUUCUGCUAAGGAGUUGGUGCGAAACAAAUUUCCAAAGGUGGAACGGGCGUCGCUGAUUUGGAGAAAGGAGAUUCACCCAGUUCUUGCAGCUCAGAACUGGAAAUUUUUGCGUGGGAUUUGCGCUACUCAUGACCUGAUUAAGGAAAGAUUUAAAAUUCCUAUAGCCAGCAGAUGUUGUCUUUGUGGAAUUGAGGAGGAAACACUUGAUCAUGCAACAUCAGGAAGAAGUCAGAUGGUGUGGGAGUUAUGGCUGCUUGCAAACCUUGUUUUUAAAUCUGAGCUGUGGGCUUUGAGAAACAAGGGAGUGUUUGAGCAGAAAAAGCUUUACUGGAACGUGUUUUUAAAGAGCGUUUUGAAGCGCGUGAAGUGGCAGCAGCCGAAAGAAUACUUUUGGCAUCCUCGUGAGAGUAAUGAAAUCUUGUUAUAUUGUGAUGGUUCUGCGAGAGGAAAUCCGGGAAGAGCUGGAGCAGGUGUUGUAGCUCGUGAUGCUUCUUGCAAUGUUAUUGGUGCUAUGUCAAUUGGCUUGGGUAUUACUACAAAUUAUCUGGCAGAAUUAUAUGGGAUUAUUAUUGGUUUGGAAUGGGCUACAAGAUGGGGAGUUAGACGUAUUUGUAUUCGUUCAGACUCUUCUAGUAUGGUGGAGGCUCUAAAUAAUUCGUGUCUACCUUGGUUCGCAAGACGGCGUUGGUUAGAAGUCUGCAGGCAUUAUAAUUCUAUAAGAUUUAUACAUACUUACAGGGAAGCAAAUUUCGCAGAGGAUGUUAUGGAAAAGAGGUUGCUAUCUUGA